GUCUGUCUGUUACAGGGGAUGGAGGAAGCGUCUGCCCUCGGCAUCCUCGACCACUCUGUCAUUAAAAAAGUCCCCAUCCCCUCCAAGCUGAACGGCUCCUCCCUCUCGGCGCUGUCCCUCUCCAAGGAGGGCCUGGGGAUGGGCUGCGUGUCCAACCCGGCGGAGGUCUUCUGCUCGGUGCCCGGCCGGCUCUCCCUGCUCAGCUCCACCUCCAAGUACAAGGUGACGGUGGGCGAGGUGCAGCGCCGGCUCUCACCACCAGAGUGCCUCAACGCCUCCCUGCUGGGCGGAGUCCUGCGCAGGGCCAAGUCCAAGAACGGGGGCCGCUGUCUGCGCGAGCGUCUGGAGAAGAUCGGCCUCAACCUGCCCGCAGGCCGACGCAAGGCGGCCAACGUCACACUGCUCACGUCCCUGGUGGAGGGCGAGGCGGUCCACCUGGCGAGGGACUUCGGCUACGUGUGUGAGACGGAGUUCCCUGCGCGGGCGACCGCAGAGUUCCUGGUGCGGCGCAGCGACCCCGACCAGCUGCCCACCCGCCGCAGCAUGCUGCUGGCCACCAAGGAGAUCUGCAAGGAGUUCAUGGACCUGAUGUCCCAGGACCGGUCCCCACUGGGGGGCAGCCGGCCCACCCCCUGCCUGGAGCCCACCGUGCAGGGCAGCCUCACGCACUUCAGCCUGCUCACGCACGGCUUUGGCACGCCCGCCAUCUGCGCCGCGCUCUCCGCCUUCCAGAGCUACCUGCUGGAGGCCGUCAAGGUGCUGGACAAGGGCGAGGGCGGGGGCAAGGGUCACCACGGCGACAAGGAGGUCAAGCACCGGAAAUAGAUGGAGGAGGAGGAGGAGGAGGAGAAGCAGGAGGAAGAGGAGGAGGAAGGGGAGGAGGACGAGGAUGGACAUGUGUUUUUGAUCCUCCUCUGCAGAAAAGAAAAAGAGUAAAAAAGAAAAAGCACAUGGACGUGAGAUGUUUACCUCCCACAAUGCACUGCGGUCGGAGGAGGAGGAGGAGGAGGAGGAGGAGGAGGAGGAGGAGGAGGAGGAGGAGGAGGAGGAGGAGGAGGAUGGGAUGGAGGUGGGGGUGUGAUCUGGUUUUUGUAUCGUGUAGCGCGCCAUGGCUCGAAACACACGGGAGACAUUGACCUUUCUAUGUGUGCUGGCCCGAAUGACUUUUAGAGACUUCCUGGUUUUAGAACACCCCCCCCCCCCCCCUGACAUAUGCUUCCUGCCACGUACGCGGUCUCAAGAAGCCAUAUCUGAGACAAAUAAAUUAUCAUUCUGGCUUUUCUCUCCUUCCUGAUUUUCGGUACCUGAGUCAGAACUCUGGAACUCUCUGACUCUGGGUUCCUGAAUUAGAACUGAUGAUUCUGGGUUCAUGAAUUCGAGCUCAUGAUUCUUAGCUCCUGAAUCAGAAGUCCCUGAUUCCAAGUGCUUGAACCAGAUCUCUUGAUUUCAAGGUUCUGAAUGAACCUCACUCCUGACUUACCCCUCCUGUUCAGAGUCAACCGGACCCCCGCUGGGUGAACAGUAUACAGUGAACUGAGAGGGGAUUUUGUAAUUUAUUUUUACUUGGCGUUUUAAAGUCAUAGGCAGCUAAAGAAGAUGUUAUUUUAUUCUUUAUUCCGGGGGUGGGGGAGGGAUACGUGUGGGUAACUUAAAAGGAAAAGAAAGAAAUCAUUUUGUACCGUCUGUGUAUGUUAAUUAUUGUUAUUAUUAAUGUCAUUAUUGUUGUAUUACGGCAUAAAUGUAAUAUAUUAUUAAAGAAUGAAGAGCU